AUGGAAUUAGUCGACAUCAAUAUCUUUAAUUUAGAUUACUAUCGAGACUAUGGGAUUCCUCAUAAUCAGUUUAAAUUAUUACGUAAAAUAGACCCUGUUCAUUGGCAAGAAGAAGAACAGGACCCAGAUCGUCCAGAAAUUUCUCCUACUGGCUAUUGGGCAAUUACUAGGCAUGAAGAUAUAAAACAAAUCUCACGAGAUCCAGCUACCUUUUCAUCAAAUGUAGCUGGUACCAAUAUCAAAAAUUAUACACUCAAAGAACAAGCUGUUUUAAAACGGAUGAUUAUUAAUCUUGACCCACCUGAACAUGUACAACUAAGGCGUCUUGUCAAAGGUGGCUUCACACCCAGAAUGAUACAGAAACUGGAGCCACGUAUAAAACGGGUAUGCAGAGAUGUUUUUGAUAGCGUUAUUGAAAAAGGUAACUGUGAAUUUGUUAAAGAAGUUACCUCGGAAAUUCCGCUGAUUAUCUUAUGUGACUUAAUGGGGGUCCCUCAAGCUGACCGCAGAAAAAUCUAUGAUUGGAGUAAUCAACUAAUCGGUUUUGACGAUCCAGAAAAUCCAACGCACCCGGAUGAAGCACUUGCCGUAUCUAUGGAGCUUUGGCGAUAUGCUAAUAACUUAGGUAAUGAACGGCGAAAAUGCCCAAUGGAUGAUAUUACAAGUAUCUUAGUCCAUGCUGAAAUUGAGGGAAAUCGUUUAAGUCAACUCGAUUAUGAUAUUUUUUUCUUGUUACUGUCUGUUGCAGGUAAUGAAACCACGCGGACAGCAAUGACUCAAGGGACAAUUGCCCUGUUAGAGCACCCAGCUCAAUGGGAUCUUUUAAAAUCAAACCCUGAGCUCUAUAUUGAUAGUGCUGUUGAAGAAAUUCUACGUUGGGUCACUCCAAUUAUCCACUUCCGCCGUACCGCAACAAAGGAUAUUGAGCUCCGCGGUAAAACAAUCAAAGAAGGUGAUAAGGUUGUCCUCUACUACCCUUCGGCAAAUCGUGAUGAAGAUGUUUUUACUGAUCCUGAUGUUUUUGAUAUCACAAGAAAACAUAAUCCUCAUUUGACCUUUGGAGAUGGUGAACAUUUCUGUUUAGGUUCUGUACUUGCGCGCUAUGAGCUAAAGCAUUUCUUUUGGGAAUUAGCUACGAGAAUGCCUGAUAUUUCACUUGCUGGCCCCUAUCUAAGAUUACGCUCGAAUUUUGUCAAUGGUAUUAAGAGUAUGCCUGUUAACUUUACACCAGGCGUUAAAAUUGGCUGGGAUUCUGCAGACGAUGAUAGUGGUAGUUGGACGCUACAAAAGUAG